AUGAACUUUACUGUCUACUCGACCAAUGCUUAUAACUUGUUCGUCGAUCCGUUGGCAUUGAUUCUCAUAGGUACCUCGUUCAACGUGGAGGUGUUUAUAUUAGAGGACAUUGUCGUCUCUUUGCCCCGCCGAGCUAUCGUGGACGUAGUGUCCUUAGGUUGUGGUCUUGAAGAAACUGGCGCGCUGUUUGACGGAGACAAAACUGCAUCCCCUGCACAUCCUUGGCACAACAGCAAUCCGUUCGGCUGUCUAGCCAAUGAGACUUCCGAUGCUCAAGACCAAUUCUUUCUUCAGAAGCAAUGUGCUCUGCAGCAACCCUACUUGUGA